GGCACCAGAGUUGCCAGGCGAGUAGACCUAGAGUUCCGGGCGUGAGUUGGACGAGUGCGCUGAACUGGUUUAGCAUUACCUUUAGGUCAAGUUGUGCCUUAUAAGGUUUGAAAGCACAGAGUUUGACUAGAAGCAGUGAAGGAGAAGAAGAAGACAACAUAGAGAGACCGAAGAAGAAGAGAAGAAUUAGAACUGAAAGCUCAGAUACAUAUAAAUACUAUAUCCUCUUCUGACUGUUUUCACAAAUGCCACGCCCUUCUUUUCACAAGCUUAUUCUCUCCUCCACCUUUAGAGAAAGGAAGCUGAGGAUUCCAGAAAACUUUGUCAAGAAGUUCAAAGAUGAGCUUUCCGUAGCUGCUACACUUAUUGUUCCUAAUGGUAAUGUUUCGCGUGUAGGAUUAAAAAGAGUUGACAACAAAAUUUGGUUUAAUGACGGCUGGCGAGAAUUUAUGGAACGUUACUCUAUAUGUAUUGGGUACUUUUUGGUCUUCAGAUAUGAAGGACAUUCAUCCUUCAAUGUUCACAUAUAUAAUUUGCCGCCUUCUGAGAUUAAUUAUCAUUCAAAUCCUUACAGUAGAGCCGAAGUGACUUAUCAUAGCAAACACUAUCGUAUAUUUGAAGAAAUGGAAGAUGAUGACUCAGAAUUUGUAGAUCAUUCAACACUGAAUGAAACUUUCAAUUCUCCAGCACCUCAGAAUUUGCUUGCUAGUUCCAAAUACAAGAACGACAUAAAUUAUGCUGGUGAAGUAAACUUACAUCAAUCAAAAGUGACAUUGUAUUCCCCAGAUGGAGAACUAGAAAGGCUUAAAAAAGCUGGGCGAAAAAAGCGGAAGAUCGAUCCCUAUAGUCAGGAUUCAUCAGUUCAAGCUGAACAUGAAGGAGAAAUGCGCUUUAGAUUUUAUGAAAGUGCUUCAGCAAGAAAGAGAACGGCGACAGCUGAGGAAAGAGAAAAGGCGAUCAAUGCUGCCAAAUCUUUUGAGCCAACCAAUCCUUUCUGCAGGGUCGUCCUGCGACCAUCUUACUUAUAUAGGGGGUGUAUUAUGUAUCUUCCAUCCUGCUUUGCCGAGAAACAUCUAAAUGGGAUUUCAGGAUUCAUUAAGUUACAGAUGUCUGAUGGGAAGCAAUGGCCUGUUCGAUGUCUAUAUAAAGGAGGCAGAGCAAAGUUCAGUCAAGGCUGGUAUGAAUUUACCCUGGAGAAUAAUUUGGGGGAAGGAGAUGUUUGUGUCUUUGAGGUGCUUAGGGUGAGGGAAUUUGUGCUGAAAGUAACUGUAUUUCGCAUCAUGGAAAUUACAGGAUAUGUGAAUCGACUGACCCAGUAAGUUUCUCUUAGUUGAACCCAUAUGAUAAUGGAUUUCUUUUUUUGCUUGUUUAUAAGCCUGUCACGUAACCCAUCUUUUUCAAGUGAAUGUUUCUGAUCUGUCAUAAUGUGUCCAUAAACUUGUGUGCACAACUGACUGGAGCUUUUGCUAGUUUUUCGGGGUUUCUAUACAAAGCUUUUGUGGCUGGAUAUGUGUUGUAUAUAGACUGUCCAAUCAAGUUGACAUUCAUCUGAACUGAACAAAGGAUCUCAAUCCCAAUAUAAUUCUUAUCCUGUUAAGUUUGAA